AUGUGGUCGGCAAUGAAACAACUUCCCUCAAAAGAAAGGUUAUCGCUAAACGUGACGGCGCCAGUUCCUAGCAGCGACCUUGUGGAAGAACAGAACCACGGCCAUAUGAUACCAAGUGAGUUAGAAUUAACUAGAGAUGCAAUAUGCAGUCAACCUUUCCACCAUUCAAGUAGACACAUCUUCAAAUACUCCCAUCUCUUGUAUCUGUUUGAAGUAACAAACCGUCAUCACAUGUGA